UUGAUGGAUUGUCCAACUGAGGCGAUCUGUCCUGUGCAUGUGCGUGUUGCAUGAAACCAAAACAAAAGUUUUGGAAGGGAGAGUCAUAAUGCCGUUGCUGGGAUACGGAGAAACUGCCUCCAAACUCCGGAGCCGGAGAGGAAGACUCGGAUGCAGAGCCCAAGGGGACAUUCGGGACCGCUGUACGGAAUAUCGGGAAUAUCGGGAAUAUCGCUGGGAUUCCUUAAGGCGUACGGAGAGAGCCAUGGCCGUGUGGAUCCUCUUGGCAGCCUGCCUGUGUCUCAGUGCCCACGCUCAGAUGAGGAUCCCACCCGAGACGGUUCUGGAUUGGGCCAACACCUUUGGGAGACAACUCGUUGCCAUGUCGACCAGAUACUCAGGGUCCCUCCUCCUGCAGAAGAAGUAUAAGGACAUAGAGUCCAUCGUGAAGAUAGAGGAAGUGGACGGAUCAGAGCUGGUGGCGAGCUUUGCAGAGGAGAUGGAGAGGAUGCUGGGGAGGAAGAUGAAGUCUGUCAAGAGAUUAGCGGAGUCUGCUGAGGAUGCUGACCUCUACCACGAUUUCAACGCCACUUUGGAGUUUGACUAUUUCAACUCCAUGAUGAUCAACACGGCCGAUGAGGAUGGGAACUUCGUGGAGCUGGGAGGAGAGUUUCCCCUGGAGGAGAACGAGCACUUCAGCAAGCUGCCCGUCAACACUCAGCAGAGCGACAUACAGGUGCCCACCAACGUCUACAACAAAGAUCCUGAUAUCCUGAAUGGCGUGUACAUGUCGGAGGCGUUGAAUGACAUCUUCAUCAGCAACUUUGAGAAGGACCCCACGCUCACCUGGCAGUACUUUGGCAGCUCCACCGGAUUCUUCAGGCUCUACCCUGGUAUCAAGUGGACACCGGAUGAGAAUGGUGUGGUGACAUUUGAUGCACGGAAUCGCAACUGGUACAUCCAGGCGGCCACCUCCCCCAAAGACAUCAUCAUCGUGGUGGACGUGAGCGGCAGCAUGAAAGGCCUGCGUCUCACCAUCGCCAAACACACCAUCAACACCAUCCUCGACACGCUGGGAGAAAACGACUUUGUCAACGUCAUGGCUUACAGUGACUAUGUGCGGUAUGUGGAGCCCUGCUUCAAGGGCACCCUUGUGCAAGCUGACCUGGACAACAGAGAGCACUUCAAGUUGUUGGUGGAGGGCCUGCAUGUGAAGGGAGAGGGGAAAGUCAAGAAGGCCAUGAAGGAGGCAUUCAGAGUCCUCGACACGGCUGCGACGGCCCAAGUGGGCAGUCUGUGUAACCAGGCCAUCAUGCUGAUCACAGACGGGGCCAUGGAGGACUUCCAGCAGGUCUUUCAGGAGUUCAACUGGCCAGAACGCAAGGUGCGGGUGUUCACCUACCUGAUUGGUCGAGAGCUCACCUUUGCCGACAACAUGAAGUGGAUCGCCUGUAAUAACAAAGGAUACUACACACACAUCUCCACCCUGGCUGAUGUUCAAGAGAAUGUGAUGGAGUACCUCCAUGUCCUCAGUCGACCAAUGGUCAUCAACCAUGACCAUGACAUCAUCUGGACAGAGGCCUACAUGGACAGUGUGCUCUUCAACACCCAGGCCCAGAGUCUUCUGCUGAUGACGUCAGUGGCCAUGCCUGUGUUCAGCAAGAAAGAGGAAACGCUUUCCCAUGGGAUCCUGUUGGGGGUGGUUGGCACUGAUGUUCCACUCAAAGAGCUUAUGAGACUAGCACCUCGAUACAAGCUGGGGGUCCAUGGCUAUGCCUUCCUGAACACUAACAAUGGCUACAUCAUGUCUCAUCCAGACCUUAGGCCACUGUACAAAGAGGGGAAGAGGCUGAAGCCCAAGCCCAACUACAACAGUGUGGAUCUGGCAGAGGUGGAGUGGGAGGACACAGAGGAGAUACUGAGAACUGCUAUGGUGAAGGGGCAAACAGGCUCGUUCUCCCUGGACGUGAGGACCACUAUAGAGAAAGGGAGGCGCAUGCUGUUCCUGAAGAAUGACUACUUCUACACAGCAAUCAAAGACACCCCUUUCAGUUUGGGAAUGGUGCUGACCCGUGGCCAUGGGGAGUUCAUCUUCCUGGGGAACGUCUCAGUUGAAGAGGGACUUCAUGACCUAACAGCCUAUGAUGUGUCUAUAGCAAAUGAAUGGACAUACUGUGAGACAGAUAUCGACCCCCACCACCGCAAGUACACCCAACUGCAGGCCGUCAUACGCUACCUCACGGGAAAGGAACCAGAGCUGGAAUGUGACGAGGACCUACUCCGGCAGACGUUGUUUGACGCCGUGGUGUCCGCUCCUAUGGAGGCCUACUGGACAGCACUCAUGCUCAACGCCUCAGGGACGGAUGAUGGAGUGGAGACGGCCUUCCUUGGGACUCGUUCGGGACUCAUGCGCCUCAUACGAUUUGCCGGCAACGAGAAGCGAGUUGGAAAGAAGUUCCUGACUGUCGAGGACAAGGACAACAUCUUCACGCUGGACCACUUCCCCCUCUGGUACCGACGCUCUGCUGAGUUCGAACCCGGGAGAUUCCUCUACUUCCUGCCCAGAGCUGACACAAGAGAUGAGCCCAUUGUGAUCGGCAGCACCUCCAUUACGGUCAACGUGGACAAGAAGAUGGCCAUCGCCGGAGCCAUCGGCAUUCAGAUGACCCUGAGUAUGCUGCAGAAGAGAUUCUUCGACGUAACUGUACAGCCCAACGACACGGAUUGUUCCAGAAUUGAAGGCCUGUGCCCCCUUAGCUGCAACCUACCUGAGAUAAAUUGCUAUUUGACAGACAGCAACGGCUUCAUCAUGAUCUCCAAGGAGAAAAAUGACGUGGGCCGCUUCUUUGGGGAGGUUGACGGCUCUGUCAUGUCGCAGCUAAUCCGGAUGGGCAUGUUCAAGCGGGUGUCGCUGUUUGACUACCAGGCCAUGUGUAAGGUUGGCACCCACUCCUCCAGCAGUGCCAGGCCGCUUCUCAGUCCCUUCUAUGGUAUGCUGGGGGUGCUGAAGUGGUUCCUCUCCAACUUCAUGCUCUUUCUGCUGGACUUCAACUUCUGUGGCCUUUGGCAUUCAAACCCGUUUGUAGACGCCGGUACAUUUCAUGCAACUAAUAAGAAGAAGUCAGGUGACAUCCUGCAGCCGUGUGAUACGGAGUACCCCACCUUCAUCUACGAGCCCUCCAUCAUGGAGACCAACAGCGUCAUCAAGUGCGGACGCUGCCAGAAGGUGUUUGUGAUCCAGCAGGUCCCUGAGAGCAACCUGCUGAUGAUGGUGGUCCAAGCGGACUGCGACUGCUCCCGCCAGUACCCACCCAUCACGCUCAACCCCAGAGAGGUCAAAUAUAACGCCACAGUGAAGUGUGACAGAAUGAAAUCGAUGAAGACCCGGCGGCGUCCAGAGUCCUGCCAUGCCUACCACCCCAAGGAGAAUGCUAAGGACUGUGGAAGAGCAUCGUCCAUAUCCCUGAGUGUGUCCCUCUUUGUGCUCUGUCUGUCUACCGCUCUUCUUGGCGACCGGUGACACCGGUGAACGCACAAUGGAUCUCCGACAUUUACAACAUCACCAUACCACAUUACCAACAUCACCAAGAACCAUGGACGGCAGACAGAAAGACAAGCAGAUGGGACCGUUAGGCCGAUGAUUAUACGUGUACCUACACACACGUGCACACACAUGAACACACACGCACGCACACGCACACAAAUAUAUAUAUACUGCCUCUUCCUCAAGCUUGUUGGGCACGCUUGCAUGAUGUGAUGCAUACUGCUUUACUCAAAACAGCUGCAAUGGAAUGCUCAUUUUAACUUAAAGACUGGUGGUACCAUGCCGUACCACGCACACACGCAUAAGGGUACACACACACACACACACACACAAACACACACACACACA